AUGUCACUCGAAGAAAUUAUUGAAUCAUAUGAUAGUACUAUUUCAUUAAUUAGUAAUAAUGAAAGAAAAGAAAUCACAAAAAUCGAUAUUUGUUUAAAUUAUGUAUAUGAUGUUUCAUGUUUGUUAAACAAACACAAUAACAAUGUUGAUCAUGAUAAGAAAUUAAUUUUAUCUGAUAAGGAUAAAGAUCUUCAUAUUCUUUUCGAAAAGCAAAAGAUUUUAAUUCAAUGUGAAUUUAAACAAAAAAAGAAAGAAUAUCAUUAUGAGUUAUCAUCUACUUUUUUUAAUGAUAAACACAAAGAAAAUAUUGUUAGUAAUCAAGAUUGUUCAGAUAAUGCAGUAAAAGAAUCAAAUAAUC